UACGUUUUUUUUUCCCUUUCUCACACUGGGACAGCUUAAUUCCCCUCUCUACACCCCGCAUCCCCAUUCCAAAAAGCGACGCCGGACACAACUGCUUGCUGGAAAAGGCGCCCCGAGGAUCUGAAGGCACCAAACUGGAUUUCAUCAGGACUGGAGCUUAUUAACACAGGGACUCACUGUUUGUAGGAGACCAGGGCAGAGGAGAGCAGAGCGGAGCAGUGUGACUGUCCCUCGAGAGUGAACCCCUUCUCCCAGUGUGUUUCAGGAGACCCCCGGCAAGCACAGGAGCGGCUAUGGGGGCGUGGUGGCUCAGCAACCUACUGCUGGGAUGGACGGCCGUGUUUUGGGCCUCCAGCCCGUCGGUGUACGGCCAAGACCCUUUCCAGGCCAGCAGGUUCUCAUCAGGGCCGGACGAGAGAGAAAUCGCUAACAGGGUGCGGCGGAGGGGGCAGGAGUCUCUCAGGGGACCCAAUGUGUGCGGUUCCCGUUUCCACUCGUACUGCUGUCCCGGGUGGAAAACGCUUCCUGCAGGGAACCAGUGUAUCGUCCCGAUCUGCAGGAGCACCUGUGGGGAAGGCUUCUGCUCUCGGCCCAACAUGUGCACCUGCUCUAACGGCCAGCUCUCUCCAGGCUGCGGAUCUCAAGGAGUGCAGUCCUGUAAUGUGAGGUGUAUGAACGGAGGCAGCUGCAAUGAUGACUCCUGUGUCUGUCAGAAGGGAUACAGCGGCACCCACUGUGGACAGCCGGUCUGUGAAAAUGGCUGUCAGAACGGAGGCCGCUGUAUUGGACCCAACCGCUGUGCCUGUGUCUACGGCUUCACUGGCCCCCAGUGCGAGAGAGAUUACCGGACUGGCCCCUGCUUCACUCAGGUCAAUAACCAGAUGUGCCAGGGGCAGCUGAGCGGCAUUGUGUGCACCAAGACCCUGUGCUGUGCCACCAUCGGACGGGCAUGGGGCCACCCCUGUGAGAUGUGCCCGGCCCAGCCUCACCCCUGCCGUCGCGGCUUCAUCCCCAACAUCCGCACCGGAGCAUGCCAGGAUGUGGACGAGUGCCAGGCCAUCCCAGGACUGUGCCAGGGAGGGAACUGCAUCAACACUGUGGGCUCCUACGAGUGCAAGUGUCCCGCGGGGCACAAGCAGAGUGAGACUAACCAGAAGUGCGAGGAUAUCGAUGAGUGCAGUACUAUCUCAGGAGUGUGUGACGGGGGAGAGUGCACUAACACGGCCGGCAGCUAUGUGUGCACAUGCCCACGGGGCUACAUCACCAGCUCUGAUGGGACGCGCUGUAUGGAUCAACGCGUGGGAACUUGUUUCUCUUCUCUGGCCAAUGGCCGUUGUGCGGGGGAGCAGAGUGGACAGUACACCAAGAUGCAAUGCUGUUGUGAAACAGGCCGCUGCUGGGCAGCUGUCCAGAUCCCUGAGAUGUGUCCAGUGAGAGGCUCCGAUGAGUUUCACCGGUUGUGUAUUGCGGGGGUUCCCCAUGGUGGGGGGAGCAAUGGGGGGUUCCCACAAAUUCCUAACUUCAACUACAACAACGGGCCGGGCAGAGGCGGGAACGGGGGCUACAUCGACCAGAGGGGCAACGGAGGCAACGGGGGAAACGGAGGCAUCGGGGGUAACAGGGGCAACGGUCUUCCCAGCUCCAGCAUCGGCACAGCCACCCUGAACCAGACCAUUGAUAUCUGCAAGCACUUCACGAACCUGUGUCUGAACGGACGCUGCAUUCCCACCCCAUCCAGCUACCGCUGCGAGUGCAACAUGGGCUUCAGACAGGACGUGCGUGGAGAGUGUGUGGAUGUAGACGAGUGCACCAGCAACCCCUGCGUGAACGGAGACUGUGUGAACAACCCCGGGUCGUACCACUGCAAGUGCCACGAGGGAUACCAGAGCACCCCCACCAAGCAGGCCUGCAUUGAUAUCGACGAGUGCAUCAUGAACGGAGUGAUGUGCAGGAACGGCCGCUGUGUCAACACGGACGGCAGCUUCCAGUGCAUCUGCAACGCUGGCUUUGAGCUCACACCCGACGGCAAGAACUGCGUGGAUCAUGACGAGUGCGCUACCACCAACAUGUGUCUCAACGGGAUGUGCAUCAACGAGGACGGCAGCUUCAAGUGUAUCUGCAAACCCGGCUUCGUCCUGGCUCCCAAUGGCCGCUACUGCACGGAUAUCGAUGAGUGCCAGACCCCGGGGAUCUGCAUGAACGGCCGCUGUAUCAACUCGGAGGGCUCGUUCCGCUGCGAGUGUCUGCCCGGGCUGGCCAUCGACGUGGACGGCCGUGUCUGCGUGGACACCCACAUGCGCAGCACCUGCUACGGCGGCAUCAAGAAGGGCACCUGCAACCGGCCGUUCCCUGGCGCCGUCACCAAGUCCGAAUGCUGCUGCGCCAGCCAAGAGCACGGCUUCGGGGAGCCCUGCCAACCCUGCCCUGCCAGGAACUCCGCCGAAUUCCAGGCACUCUGCAGCAGUGGCAUUGGAAUCACAGCUGACGGGAGAGAUAUUAACGAGUGCGCCUUGGACCCAGAUAUCUGUCAGAACGGGAUGUGUGAGAACCUGAGAGGAAGUUACCGCUGCAUCUGCAACACGGGCUACGAGUCAGACCCCAGUGGCAAGAACUGCAUCGACAUCGACGAGUGUGCUGUGAACAGGCUGCUGUGUGAUAACGGCCUGUGCCGUAACACCCCUGGCAGCUACACCUGCACCUGUCCCAAGGGCUACGUGUUCAGACCUGACUCCGAGACCUGCGAGGACGUCAACGAGUGCGAGUCGAGUCCUUGUGUGAACGGGGUGUGCCGCAACACGGCCGGGUCCUUCAACUGCGAGUGCUCUCACGGCAGCAAGCUGGACUCGACCAACACCAUCUGCGUGGACAGCAUGAAGGGUACCUGCUGGCUGAACAUCAACGAUGGCCGCUGCGAGGUGAACAUCAACGGAGCCACGUUGAAGUCGGAGUGCUGCUCCACUCUGGGGGCGGCCUGGGGGAGCCCCUGUGACCGCUGUGAGAUCGACACAGCCUGCCCAAGAGGCUUUGCUAGAAUGAAGGGCGUCGUCUGUGAAGAUGUGAACGAGUGUGAGGUGUUUCCGGGCGUGUGCACUAACGGGCGCUGCGUGAACAACCAGGGGUCCUUCAUGUGCGUCUGUCCCGAGGGGCUCACCCUGGACGGGACGGGACGCACCUGUGUUGACGUGCGGGUGGAGCAGUGCUAUAUGAAGUGGGAGGAGGAUGAAUGCGUAGAGCCCCUGCCUGGGAAGUUCCGGGUGGACAUGUGUUGCUGCUCCGUGGGGGCUGCCUGGGGUAUCGACUGUGAGGCGUGCCCCAAUCCCGGGACCCAGGAGUACGAGACCAUCUGCCCACGAGGACCGGGCUUCGCCAACCGCGGAGAUGUGCUCUCGGGACGAGCCUUUUAUAAAGAUGUGAACGAGUGUAAGGUGUUCUCCGGGCUGUGCUCUCACGGAACGUGCCGGAACACCAUCGGAAGCUUCCGGUGUCGCUGCAGCAGCGGCUUCGCCCUCAACAUGGAGGAGAGGAACUGCACAGAUAUUGAUGAGUGCCGUAUCUCCCCGGACCUGUGUGGACACGGCACCUGUGUGAACACGCCCGGCAGCUUCGAGUGCGAGUGCUUUGAGGGCUACGAGAGCGGCUUUAUGAUGAUGAAGAACUGCAUGGACAUCGACGAGUGUGAGAGGGACCCCCUGCUGUGCCGUGGCGGGACGUGCAUCAACACCGACGGCAGCUACGAGUGCACCUGCCCCCCCGGUCACGAGCUCACCCCAGACGGGACGUCCUGCGUGGAUGUGAACGAGUGCGAGCUGAGUGACAACCUGUGCAGAAACGGCCGCUGUGUCAACAUGAUUGGCACCUACCAGUGCUCCUGUGAACCCGGGUACCAGGCCACCCCAGACAGGCAGGGCUGCGUCGAUAUCGACGAGUGUACCAUCAUGAACGGAGGCUGUGACACCCACUGCACCAACUCGGAGGGCAGCUAUGAGUGCAGCUGUGCGGGGGGCUACGCGCUGAUGCCUGAUAAGAGGACGUGUGCAGACAUCGACGAGUGCGAGGAUAACCCUGACAUCUGUGACGGGGGCCAGUGCACCAACAUCCCCGGGGAGUACCGCUGCCUCUGCUUCGAUGGGUUCAUGUCGUCCAUGGACAUGCGGACCUGUAUCGAUGUGAACGAGUGCGACCUGAACCCCAACAUCUGUCUCCAUGGCGACUGCGAGAACACCAAGGGCUCCUUCAUCUGUCACUGCCAGCUGGGCUACUUUGUGAAGAAAGGAACCACAGGGUGCACAGAUAUCGAUGAGUGUGAGAUCGGGGCGCACAAUUGCGACAUGCACGCCGCGUGUGUGAACGUGCCAGGGAGCUUCAAGUGUCGGUGCCGCGAUGGCUGGGUAGGGGACGGGCUCAAGUGUGUGGACGUGGAUGAAUGCUCCACUGAAGAGCACAACUGCAAUGCCAAUGCCAACUGCCACAACACCCCCGGCUCCUACCGCUGUGCCUGCAAGGACGGCUUCAGCGGGGACGGCUUCUUCUGCUCAGACGUGGACGAGUGUGCGGACAAUGUGAACCUGUGUGAGAACGGGCAGUGCCUGAACGCGCCCGGGGGGUACCGCUGCGAGUGUGAGAUGGGCUUCACCCCAACCGAGGACAGCAAGGCCUGCCAGGACAUCGACGAGUGCACCUUCCAGAACAUCUGUGUGUUCGGCACCUGUCAGAACCUGCCGGCCAUGUUCAGGUGUAUCUGUGACGACGGGUAUGAGCUGGACCGCAGCGGAGGAAACUGCACAGAUGUCAAUGAAUGUGCCGACCCUGUGAACUGCAUCAACGGUCUGUGUGUGAACACCCCGGGCAGCUACCUGUGCAACUGCCCCCCAGACUUCGAGCUCAACCCCACCGGGGUGGGCUGUGUUGACACGCGUGUUGGGAACUGCUUCCUGGACACACUGACACGCGGUGACGGCGGUCUUUCCUGCAGCGCGGAGAUUGGUGUUGGGGUCACCCGGGCAUCCUGCUGCUGCUCCCUUGGGGGUGCCUGGGGAAACCCCUGUGAACUGUGCCCCCUUGUCAACUCCACGGAGUACAAGACGCUGUGCCCCGGAGGAGAGGGAUUCCGCCCCAACCCCAUCACUGUCAUCUUGGAGGACAUCGACGAGUGCCAGGAGCUGCCAGGCCUGUGCCAGGGAGGGAACUGCGUCAACACCUUCGGCAGCUUCCAGUGCGAGUGCCCGGCCGGCUACCACCUCAACGAGGAGACCCGCAUCUGCGAGGAUAUUGACGAGUGCACAGUCCACAUUGGGAUCUGUGGCCCUGGCACCUGUUACAACACGCUGGGCAACUACACCUGCGUCUGCCCUCCGGAGUACAUGCAGGUCAACGGGGGCAACAACUGCAUGGACAUGAGGAAGAGCGUGUGCUACCGUAACUUCAACGACACGUGUGAGAACGAGCUCUCCUUCAACAUGACCAAGAAGAUGUGCUGCUGCUCCUACAACGUGGGCAAAGCGUGGAACAAGCCCUGCGAGUCCUGCCCCACCCCCGCCACCACCGAGUAUCAGCUUCUCUGUGGGAACCAGGCUCCAGGCUUUAUCAUUGACAUCCACACUGGAAAACCAAUUGAUAUCGACGAGUGCCGUGAGAUCCCUGGAAUCUGUGCCAACGGCGUGUGCAUCAAUCAGAUCGGCAGCUUCCGCUGUGAGUGUCCCAUGGGAUUCAGCUACAACAACAUCCUGCUCGUCUGCGAAGAUAUUGACGAGUGUAACAACGGGGACAACUUGUGCCAGCGAAACGCCAACUGCAUCAACAUCCCCGGGAGCUACCGCUGCGAGUGCUCUCCUGGCUUCAAACUGUCCCCCAGCGGUGCCUGUGUGGAUCGCAACGAGUGUCAGGAGAUCCCCAACGCAUGCAGCCACGGCGAGUGCAUCGACACGCAGGGCAGCUACAGGUGUCUCUGUCACAAUGGCUUCAAGGCCACUGCGGACCAGACCAUGUGCAUGGAUAUUGACGAGUGCGACAGGCAGCACUGUGGAAACGGUACCUGUAAGAACACAGUGGGCUCCUACAACUGCCUGUGCUUCCCUGGCUUCGAGCUGACUCACAACAACGACUGCAUGGAUGUGGACGAGUGCACCGCUCUCAUUGGGCAGGUGUGUCGGAACGGGCAGUGCAUCAACAACCUGGGCUCCUUCCAGUGUCUGUGCCAAGAGGGCUACGAGCUGACCGCGGACGGCAAGAACUGCGUCGAUAUCAACGAGUGCGUCAGUUUCCCUGGGACCUGCUCCCCCGGGACCUGUCAGAACCUGGACGGCUCGUUUCGCUGUAUCUGCCCCCCCGGGUACGAGGUGCAGAACGACAACUGCAACGACAUCGACGAGUGUGAAGAAGAGCCCAAUAUCUGCCUGUUUGGGUCCUGCACCAACACACCCGGCAGCUUCCAGUGCAUCUGCCAGCCCGGCUUCGUGCUGUCCGACAACGGCCGCCGCUGCUUCGACACCCGGCAGAGCUUCUGCUUCACUCGAUUUGACGCUGGCAAGUGCUCGGUGCCGAAAGCUUUCAACACCACCAAGGACAAGUGCUGCUGCAGCACGAUGCCGGGCGAGGGCUGGGGAGACCCCUGCGACCUGUGCCCACAGGAAGGAGUUGCGUUCCAUGCCCUUUGCCCAUACGGUCAUGGAACAAUCAUUGGCAAAGGAAACACCCGUGAAGACGUGAACGAGUGCCUGGAUAACCCCGGGAUCUGCGUGAACGGGAUCUGCAUCAACACGGACGGAUCCUUCCGCUGCGAGUGUCCCUUCGGAUACAGCCUGGACUACACUGGGGUCAACUGCGUCGACACCGACGAGUGCUCUAUCGGUAACCCGUGCGGAAACGGGACCUGCAGCAACGUGGUGGGCGGCUUCGAGUGUGCCUGCGACGAAGGCUUCGAACCCGGGCCCAUGAUGACCUGCGAGGACAUCAACGAGUGCUCCCAGAACCCUCUGCUGUGCGCGUUCCGCUGCAUCAACACCUUCGGAGGCUACGAGUGCACCUGCCCGGCCGGGUACGUGCUGCGCGACGACAACCGGAUGUGCCGAGACCAGGACGAGUGCUCGGAUGGACUCGAUGACUGCGUGUCUCAGGGGAUGAUGUGCAAGAACCUCAUCGGCACCUUCAUGUGCAUCUGCCCCCCAGGCAUGCAGCGCCGACCGGAUGGAGAGGGCUGUAUGGACGAGAACGAGUGCCGCACAAAACCGGGCAUCUGUAAGAACGGGCGCUGCAUCAACACGGUCGGCAGCUACCGGUGCGACUGCAACGACGGCUUCCAGCCCAGCUCCACGGCCACCGAGUGCAUCGAUAACCGUCAGGGUUUCUGCUUCACCGAGAUUCUCCAGGUCAUGUGCCAGCAGUCCUCCACCAACCGCAACGCUGUCACCAAGUCCGAGUGCUGCUGCAACGGGGGCCGCGGCUGGGGGUCGCACUGCGAGAUCUGCCCUCUGCCUGGCACUACCCAGUACAAGAAGCUGUGCCCUCUGGGGCCAGGCUACACCACCGAUGGCAGAGAUAUUGACGAGUGCCGUGUGCUUCCCAAUCUCUGCAAGAACGGCCAGUGCAUCAACACCAUUGGCUCCUUCCGCUGCCACUGCAACCUGGGCUACACUACCGACCUCACCAGUACCUCCUGUGUGGACUUGGACGAGUGUGCCCAGUCUCCGAAGCCUUGCAAUUUCAUCUGUAAGAACAGCGAGGGCAGCUACCAGUGCUCCUGCCCAAGAGGGUACAUCAUGCAGCCCGAUGGCAAGACCUGCAAAGAUCUGGAUGAGUGCUCCACCAAACAGCACAACUGCCAGUUCCUCUGCGUGAACACCAUCGGGGGCUUCAACUGCAAGUGCCCCCCCGGCUUCACCCAGCACCAGACUGCCUGCAUCGAUAACAACGAGUGCAAUGGCAAGUCCAGCGUGUGUGGCUCUAAGGGGAGCUGCCAGAACUCACCGGGCAGCUACAGCUGUGAGUGUGAGAAGGGCUUCUCACUGGACGGGACUGGACAUGAAUGUGAAGAUGUGGACGAGUGUGGCGGUAAUCACCGCUGCCAGCACGGCUGCCAGAACAUGAUGGGGGGCUUCCGCUGCGGCUGCCCCCAGGGCUACAUGCAGCACUACCAGUGGAACCAGUGCGUGGAUGAGAACGAGUGCUCAAACCAGCAGUCCUGUGGCUCUGCCUCCUGCUACAACACGCUGGGCAGCUAUAAGUGUGUGUGCCCGUCUGGCUUCGACUUUGACCAGGGCAUGGCGAGCUGCCAGGACGUGAACGAGUGCUCAAUGGGGGGCAACCCCUGCAGCUACGGCUGCUCCAACACUGACGGGGGCUACCUGUGUGGCUGCCCUGGCGGAUUCUUCAGAGCAGGGCAGGGACACUGCAUCGCCGGCUUUGGGUUCGGCCAGGGUCAGGGUCAGGGCCAGGGCCAGGGUCAGUACCUCUCCCCCCAGCCCGAGGAGGAUGACGAGAGUACCCUGUCCACCGAGGGCUGCUACGAGUGCAAGAUCAACGGCAACUACAACAAGAAGGGCCGGCAGAGACGCAGCCUGGACGACAACGGCAUCGAGCAGGAGCCCCGGCUGAGCCUGGCCAGCGUGGACACAGAGUCUUCGAUCCCGUUGAACCUGAGCCUGGCCGCGCUGCAGAACAAGGAGCCCAUCCUGGAACUGCUGCCCGCCAUCGAACCCCUGGAGCACCACGUGCGCUACGUCAUCUCCCACGGCAACCAGGGCGCCCACUUCCGCAUCCUGCAGCGGCGCGACGGCAAGAGCGUGCUGCGACUGGGACGCAAGACCCCCAGCCCCGGGACGUACCGCCUGGAGAUCGCCAGCGUGCCCCUGUUCGGGCCUCGGGAGCUGCGUGAGCUGGAGGACGAGCACGACGCAGACUACCUGCUGGGAGAGAUCGGGGACGCGCUCCGAAUCAAACUGCACAUCCACCUGCAUUAGAGAUCCAGGACGCAGCCGCCCUCCCCGCCAUGCCUCUCCCCGCUCGUUAGACACACAAGUGUUAGAAUAAAGAAACACGUCGGAGAAGCUGAAAUUUAAAAAAAGAAAUCAGAUUUUUACAACUCGGAUCUCAGUACUCCAGUUGAAUAAUAGGAGGGCAGCUUGGUUUGGGCCACAAAUCCUCAGUUUUAACUGUAAUAUUCACACUUUCUAGUGGCAACCCGUUUAGUUAAAAUGGGAUUACUGCUACAAUGACCCCCCAGUCGCCUUUCUGUGGUUCCCACUGGAAUAUCUAAGGGGGCUGGGGGUUGGGGUGCAUGUUCUCAAUUCAUGAUGCGGUUGUACAAUUCUUACAUUGCUUUUGUGGAUGAAGGGCGCUGUAUGAAUGGAAGUCCUCUAUUUCACAGGAGCAAUGCCAGAAAAACAGAUUACCUCUGUUGAUUUCUUGAAAACGUGCAUUGUUCCCAUUUCAUGCUGUGUAUAUGUGGCCCAGAUUUUUGCCCUCUUUACUGUAAUGAUGGGGGCUGCGGGGGGCGGGUUCAGACCCUGGGGUUCAAGGUGCAAUGUCAAAGGUUUCUCUGCUCCAUUCAGUAUUCUGUGUAAUCUAAAAAUGUAUUAUAAAAAAAAAAAAAAAAAAAAAAAAAAAAAAAUGUUCACACGAAGGACUGCAAUGCGAAAACUACAUUUCAGGUUUUAAAAUGCAAAUGUUCCUAACAUGUGCAAUAACUGGCUCGUACUGUUACACAUCAUCUCUUGUCAAACCACAGUUUUAGUGCACCUUUUUUUGUGUUUGCGUGUGGUGUAUCUUUACCUCACCCCAUUUCACUGUAUAAGCUCAAACGCUCCGAAACUGCUACUGUAAACCCGCUGUAACGCUGCUUUCGUGCAGCAGAGGGUGCUAUUGGGUUACUAUGCAGUCCAACAGUAAUUUACAGAAGAUCCACAAGGCCCAUUUAGUUUUAUUACAAACAGCUUUAAUUUAUUUUAAUUUUAAUAUGCACGCACGUACGUGUCCAUUAACAUUCAGUCAUAUUUAUUCCUCUAGUUCUCUCACACACCCAUUCAGAUAAACACGCACGCAUGCAGAAACUGCACUAAAACGUCCAACCUCACUGAAUAGUAUUGUAUCAGGUGUGUUUCUUUAUAUAAAAGAACAAUGGUGCUAAAUAACUCGAAGCUCCACUGAGCACUGGGAUUGGAAAUGCAGCCUCACAGUUUCAUUUUGAUUGCAGCUAAGAGUGACAUUUUCUAUUAGGGCUUGUUUUGUUUGUUUUUUAAUGUUUGUUGUUAUAUUUUUAACUUUUUUUUGUUUGUUUUUUUAACUGUGUUUUUAUGCCAACGGCCAAUUAAAACCUGCUUUAUAAAAAAAUUAAUAAAACUGUAUAUUUUUUAAUGAACUGUAGAUCUCUGUUGUUGUCAACAUGGUUGCUGAAUCAUACAGCGCUAGCCUGAGAAGUAGUCUUUCUUUUUUUUUAGGGAGUGGGGUACCGUUUGUGUUUAUUCUGCGGUUUUGCUCAGAAAAUUAUAUUUUUUAGCAUUAAACUGUUUUUUUUUUUUUUUUUAAAUGGUUCAAAAAUCUAAUUCUGUAAGUUGUGUUUUGUACUAGUUUUGUAAUAUUACAAAGCUGUGAAAAUCUAAGUUUUUAUUAUCGGCCUGAAUUAAGAUUAAGGAUUGGGUUUAUUCUUAACCUGAGGGAACAUGAAGCCACUUUCAGGAACAGCGGCUUGAAACCUGCUUCCAGGAGACCUAGUUUGAGACCACUUUGCUGUAUCAAACCCCAAGUCUCCCCUGGUGUGCCGUGCAAAGCGGUUUUCUGCUCUCUCAGCUUUAAACGCAGUAUUCAAAUUCUCUCAGAUGGCCCUUCGCUGAAAAGCCUGGCCUGUCUUUCUACACCUACACCCCAGUGGUAAUGCAAACCUCACCCCCUGCCCAGAGAAAGCCUAUUCAGCAAAGUAGAGUGGGUUGCUAACUCUGUUGUGCUCAGUAACCUACAGUGCUAAUGGUAUUUGAACACAGUGGUUUCUGCACUGUAAACAGCCUUGGCUAUAUUUAUGUAUAACCAAUUUUUGUAAACUGUUUUUUUUAUAUAUAUAUUUUGUGAACUUGUAUGCUUGUAGCUUUUUUUUUUACUUGCCACUAACUAGUAAGUAAAGAAUGUGUGUACUGUAUCUCAGCUUCAGUGUCAGACUUGAAAACACUGUCUCUUUAAAAAAAUAAAAAAAAGACACCAACGGAAUUUUUGAGAAUUAUGAAUCAAAUUCAGGAAGCACCUGAACGAAGGCCUCCAGACCUGUGAAUUGGCCAAUUUGUAUUUUAUUUUAAUAAUUAUUGUUAUUCGUUUUUUAAAAGGUAAAAACUCGCCUGGGUUGAGCUGUACAAGUCAUACUGAGGCUUUUCCUUCAGCGUGCGUCCUUUUUAUUCGGGAAAUAAACAAUCGUGUAUUUCUUGGAAAAAUGAAGAGAUUACUGCGGUUUCGUUAAGUUUGGGCACAUACAUUUGAAACUGUACUGCCUCUUUUAUUGCCCAUCAUAUUUUUCUUUUUACAUUUUGUAUCGGAAACAUCUUUGGCAAUAAAAGGAUUGUGGGUUAUAUUUUUAAA